AUGUCUCAUCUGCAUGCACAUUCUGCUUGCGCAAGGAUCGCAUCUGCAUUCUCCGUUGCGGCAGGCAAGGACGUUGCUGAACGCUCGCCUAAUCCCGGCACAAACCGAAAUGAUGGUUCAACUGCUGCCGUCGGUUUAAAUACUCCAGGGCAAGAAGAGGAAGAGGAGGAGGAGGAGGAGGAAGACACGAAGGACACUGCCGGGGAAGUCGACGAUGACGGCAAUGGCCACGAGCAUGCCGACGAUCCCAUUCCGAAGGAAAUGCUCCGCGAAGGGGGCGACGUCGAGGACCCACAGACAGGGAAGCCACAAACUGUGACAGACGCGAAGGCCACACAGACUCAACCUGCACAUAUAGACGCUGGCUCAGAACAGGCCGAGCACCUGGACGGUGCCGACAAUGACGACGAAGAAGAGAAAGAAGAACCCGAGGAGGAGCCAGAAGAGGAUGGAUCAUCUCGUCUAACAUCACCCAGGUGGCGAACCCGAGGGCCCCCCACCUUUGGGAAUAGCAGGGGAGGGAAUCCGCAUUCGGUCCGCGGAAAACCCAAGUGA